AUGGGUAUUGAGUAUGUCUGGAUAGACAGCAUUUGCGUCAACCAAGCGGAUCCAGAAGAUGUCGCACGUGAGAUACCCAGGAUGAGCGACUACUACAGCAACGCAGCUUGCUGUGUUGCUAUAUCCGAAGCAAUACGCCGGCGCUAUGCUACUACCGAAGGCCCUGCCCAAGAUGACACAGGAUCAGAAUCCAGAAGCGACCAAGCUUGGCGCAGGAUUAUAACUUGGAUGAAGGGAUAUCAUGCCAAACGACUCUGGGUCUUCCAGGAGACGUACUUGUCCAGAAAAGUUGUA